AUGGACAAUAGCACAAAGGAAACAUUGCAAAAAAUUCCACUCUUGAAGGAAAAAGUUGGACCAAGAGAUGCUGAUCAAUGGGAAAAACGUCUUAAAGAGGAAUAUGCAGCUCUCAUUCAAUAUGUGAAAAUGACAAAGGAAAAUGAUAGUGCUUGGUUUUCUAUUCAAAGUAACAAGAGCGGAACAAAAUGGUUCGGAAAGUGUUGGUUUGUCCACAAUUUAUUGAAAUAUGAAUUUAAAGUAGAAUUUGAAAUUCCAGUCACAUAUCCAACAACAGCUCCAGAAUUUAAAAUUCCAGAAUUGAUCGGAAAGACAGCUAAAAUGUAUCAUGAUGGUCGUGUUUGUCAAACUCUUCACUUCCAUCCUCUCUGGGCUAGAAAUGUUCCUCAUUUUGGUAUUGCUCAUGCUUUGGCUCUUGGAUUGGGUCCUUGGUUGGCUAGUGAAGUUCCAGAUUUAGUUUCUAAAAAUUUAAUUCAAGCUAAGGAUACUUCUACUGAAGAAUCGACCACUCCAACAACUCAACAAUAA